GCGGCGGGCAGGAGCAUUUCUAGGCCAGCAGGGUCAGACUCGUAGCUGAAGGACCUCUUCAACAUCUUACAUAGCAUCUGGAAGUUAAAUCCUCGCAUUCAUCUCACGUGGAGUCUAACCCUAAACCCCCGUUUCCUCCUCCAGACCCACUGGGAUCUCUCUUUGCGAAGAGGCCAUGGAUACCUCGACUCAUUUGCCUUCUGUACCCUCCUCCCCGAUCUGCAACCCAGCCCCACGGACAAUCCAGAUCGAGUUCCCGCAGCAUAGCUCAUCGCUGCUGGAAUCCCUGAACCGCCACAGGCUAGAAGGAAAGUUCUGUGAUGUAUCACUCCUGGUGCAGGGCAGGGAACUUAGGGCUCACAAAGCAGUGUUGGCUGCUGCCUCUCCAUACUUCCAUGACAAGCUACUUUUGGGAGAUGCUCCUCGUCUCACCCUGCCCAGUGUCAUUGAAGCCGAUGCCUUUGAGGGGCUGCUGCAGCUUAUUUAUUCAGGGCGUCUCCGCCUGCCACUGGAUGCUCUCCCUGCCCAUCUCCUUGUGGCCAGUGGCCUUCAGAUGUGGCAAGUAGUAGAUCAGUGUUCAGAGAUUCUUAGAGAACUGGAAAGUUCAGGUGGUGGAAUUUCAUCCCGGGGAGCAACCUCCUACCACACACUUCUUUCCUCCACUUCCACCACAUCCUCUCCAAGAAGUUGGUGCAUUCGCUCUUCUUUCCAGACCCCAGUGCAGUACUGUGCUUCCACUGAAAGCCCUGUGGGAGGGGAGGGGAGUGAACUGGGAGAAGUGUUACAAAUUCAAGUGGAAGAAGAAGAGGAGGAAGAAGAAGAGGAGGAUCAGGGGUCAGCUGUACUUUCUCAGACUCCUCAGUCUCAGAGGGUAUCAGGAAGUUUAACCCAUCCUGCUGGAUCCCACCCACUACCCAUAUCUGUUACUCCCCUCAGACUUCCAGAGAGUGAGAGUGCAUCACUUGAGCUUCCUACCCCUCCUGCUGCAUUGCCCCCCAAAGUUUUCUACAUUAAACAGGAACCCUUAGAAUCUAAGGAGGAGAUAUCAGGAGGUGGAACUCAGUCUGGAGGAGCAAAGGAGGAGACCAAAGUGUUUCCUGGAGGGGACACUGAAGGGAAUGGGGAGCUAGGGUUCUUGUUGCCCUCAGGGGCAGGGGCAACAUCUGGGGGUGGAGGGCCAUCAUGGAAACCCGUGGAUCUUCAUGGGAAUGAAAUCCUGUCAGGUGGUGGAGGACCUGGGGGAACUGGGCAGGCUGUGCAUGGACCUGUGAAGCUAGGGGGAACACCCCCUGCAGAUGGAAAACUCUUUGGUUGCUUGUGUGGGAAGCGAUUUGCAGUGAAGCCAAAGCGUGACCGGCAUAUCAUGCUGACCUUCAGCCUUCGGCCUUUUGGCUGUGGCAUCUGCAACAAGCGCUUCAAACUGAAGCACCAUUUGACAGAACAUAUGAAGACCCAUGCUGGAGCUCUGCAUGCCUGUCCCCAUUGUGGCCGUCGGUUUCGAGUCCAUGCCUGUUUCCUUCGCCAUAGGGACCUGUGCAAGGGCCAGGGCUGGGCUACAGCCCACUGGACUUACAAGUGACUGCCAAGGCUGUAUACUUUAACUUUUAGGACUAGAUAACCACUUUUGCUGAUGGAUACUUCUCCCUUACUACUAUGGCAUUUGAGUCCUGGAUCUUGUAAUCAUGCCAAGAGGGCAGAUAUAUUAAGGAUAUGGGCUUCUCAGUAGAUUUGGAAAGUCAGAUUUCUCAUCUCAUCCCAGGUUUUGGCUAACCCCUUUACAGGAAAGUGGUUUAUACGCCAUACUUAAAUUGUUCACUUGCCCAUAAUGGACCUUCUUUUUAUAAUGGUGAUAUCCAUUGAGGAAACCAGAUUUCACAUUAGAAUGUUAUUUAGUGAGAGAAGAGUUAGAGCAAAAAGACAGUGAUAAAC